AUGUUGGUAGAAAAUGGGACCAGAGCAGCAAGUCCAGAUAAUGGAAAAAUCUGGAUAAUGGAGGUCCAGAUAAUCAAGGUAAACUUUGUUACCGUGCAUCCCUGGAAACGAAAACAAAAACAUCAUGGUGGACGUGGCUAUAGAGUGUCCUUUUCGGGAAGUUCUGCAGAAACUAUCGAGAAGGCAAAGGCUUUCUGGAAGUGUAAAAACCCUCCUCCGGAACAGAAGUCUACAUUAGCUGUCAGUGGAAUAAACCACCGCCUAAAAAGAGCACCUCAAGUUGGAGAAGGUUCGUUAAAACACUGUUUUAAAACAAGUCUUGGAACUAAACAGCUUACCUCUCCUAAAAGAUCUUGUAUUAUGCUCAACUGCAAAUUGGCGGCCCCGCCGCUUUCUAGAAUCAUGGGAAGUAGACGCUGGCAAUCGAGAUGGUGGCAUUCAUUUGCCAAGCGAGUAUUUGACGAAAGUGCUGAAGGACAAAGCUUAAUCAUGUCAUGUAGAGAAGAAGCUCAACAAAUGCUGGCCGAAAGGAAGGCUGAGAGAUUAAAGAAUGAUAGAUGCUUUACUUUUAAUUUCCCCCUGAGCAGAAAGAAGCAAUCUCACAUCGUCAGCCCAAAGAACAUGUCUUCAACAUCUCAGUCCAGUGAAGAAGAUGACGAAGCCGUCGAAGCCAUGGCAGAAAUUGAUAAGUUUGAGGAUAGUCUUAAACAGAAGGAAAUUAUAAAACCAGAGUAGAAAUUAACUUUCUAAAAGUUAUCCUUAUUUCUUGUAAAAGAAAAAAAAUCUUGCCUCUGUACAUGACUUUAA